AUGUCUCUCAGCCAACCAAUUCCAAAGCCAAGCGAUUCCACUCUCAGAUUGGGAUCCAAGGCACCAAACUUUUCUGCCGAAACAUCGAACGGUCAUCUCACAUUUUAUGACUAUCUUGGAGACUCGUGGGGUGUCUUUUUGUCUCACCCAGACGAUUUCACUCCAGUUUGCACUACUGAGCUUGGUGCUUUUGCCAAAUUGGAGCCAGAGUUUACAAAGAGAAAUGCAAAGUUGAUCGGUCUUUCUGCAAACACCACAGAGAAGCAUGCCCGUUGGAUUAAGGAUAUCAACGAGAUAACCGGCGCUAAGUUGACUUUUCCAAUUGUUGCUGAUCCAAAGAGGGAAGUUGCAUUGAAAUACGACAUGAUCGAUUAUCAGGAUGCUACAAAUGUGGAUGACAAGGGUGUGCAGCUCACAAUCAGAUCUGUCUUCAUCAUCGACCCUACAAAGACCAUUCGUUGGACUAUUACGUACCCAGCAUCUGUUGGAAGAAAUACUGCUGAAGUUCUUAGAGCUUUGGACUCUCUCCAGCUUUCAGAGAAGUUGAACAAGGAAAUCACCACUCCUGUGAACUGGGUUCCAGGUGAUGAUGUUCUUAUCGCUCCAUUUGUUUCUGAUGACAAGGCAAAGAAGGAAUUCCCACACUUCAGAGCUAUAAAGCCAUACUUGAGAUUGACACCACUUCCAGAAGAUUAA